ACGCCUUCUUUGGUGCUUCAAAAACCUCACUUCCUGUGAAACCCCUCUCCACUCCACCCAUUUUCGCUUUUCCGGGCGUGGUCAAGUUCCCCGCAAUGGAGUCCGAGGCUUUUGAGGAUAUGCAGAAGGGCGGCGGCAGCCUUCGCGCUGUCAAGGACUUGACGGCCGGUGCUGCUGGCGGCAUCGCUCAGGUGCUCAUUGGUCAACCUUUCGAUAUCGUCAAGGUCCGCCUGCAGACAACCACGCAGUACGCCAGUGCGCUUGACUGCGCCACCAAGAUCCUGAAGAACGAGGGUCCCACGGCCUUCUACAAGGGCACCCUGACGCCUCUGAUCGGUAUCGGAGCCUGCGUGAGCGUCCAAUUCGGCGCGUUCCACGAAGCCCGGCGGCGGCUGGAGGCGCUCAACCAGAAGAAAUACGCGGACCCGACGCUCUCGUACACGCAGUACUACCUGGCGGGCGGGUUCGCGGGGAUCACGAACUCGUUCCUGUCGGGGCCGAUCGAGCACAUCCGCAUCCGGCUGCAGACGCAGCCGCACGGGGCCGGCAGGCUGUACCAGGGGCCGAUCGACUGCAUCCGCAAGCUGUGCAGCCAGGGCGGCGUGCUCAGGGGUCUCUACCGGGGCCAGAACGUGACCUACCUCCGCGAGAUUCAGGCCUACGGCACCUGGUUUCUGGCCUUCGAGUACCUGAUGAACGCGGACGCCCGCCGCAACGGCGUCCGCCGCGAGGAGAUCUCCAGCCUCAAGGUCGCCACCUACGGCGGCCUCGCCGGCGAGGUCCUCUGGCUCAGCAGCUACCCCUUCGACGUCGUCAAGAGCAAGAUGCAGUGCGACGGCUUCGGCCCCGCCCAGCAGUUCCGGAGCAUGACCGACUGCUUCCGGAAGACCUAUGCCGCCGAGGGGCUGGCCGGCUUCUGGAAGGGCAUCGGCCCCACGUUGCUCAGGGCCAUGCCCGUCUCCGCGGGGACUUUUGCCGUUGUCGAGCUUACGAUGAGAGCCUUGGGAUGAGGUAUAGGAUAUAUACUGAAAAUAAAAAAAAUCAACAGCUCAAUUCGAAAUACCCUGCCUGCAUUUUUGUUGUCAUCUUAUCGUUCUCCUGAUAUUCAUCCAGUACUUGUUUUCCAACAGCAAGGAAAAGGGGGGUGGGCACAAGUGGCAUUUUCUUUUAGACUGGAUCUUGGAAAUCGUUGUU